AUGUCAGGCAACACCGUGUCAAUCAUCAUCCGAGAGGUCUGUCAAGCCAUCAUCGACGAGUUCAUGGCAGAGGUAGUACAGACUCCCACGACACAAGAACAACGGUUGGCAGUUGCUGAGACGUUUGAAACCAGGUGGCAGUUACCACAUACCCUCGGCGCUUUAGAUGGAAAACACGUAGCCAUUGAAUGUCCUCCAGGUGGUGGAUCUGUCUUCUACAAUUACAAAAAGUUUCAUUCCAUUGUGAUGAUGGCCUUUGCGGAUGCCGACUACAAAUUCCUGUGGGUGGAUGUUGGGGAACCUGGCGGAACAUUAGACAGACUGAUAUGGAAUGCUUGUGAACUCAAGCAGUAUGUUGAAGAGGGAUUGAUGGACAUCCCCCAUGCAGCACCCCAAGAUGACAGGCCCCUGCCGUACUGGUUCAUUGGUGAUAAUGCGUUUGGGAUGAAGACCUGGCUCCUCAAACCAUUCGCCAAGCGGGGACUCACCGGGGAGGAAAGGAUUUGA